CUCUUUAUUCUGUAUUCGUAAGCGGUCCUUGCAAGUAGCAUGGCGCUUUGUAAAUAUUUUAUCUGCGAAGUGCUAAUAUCGCUGACAUUUAUCAGUGCAGCAUUGGGUAAUAUUUCGAAGCCGCUGUGGAGUAAUGCAAUUAUUGAAGAUCAAAAUGAAAUUGAUGAUCCGCUCAUCGUUAGUGCCAUGAAUUGGAAUCAAUAUCAUAACUUGAGUGUAAUCUAUGAUUUCCUGCAUCAGAUAAACAAUAAAUUUCCUCAAAUUACAAGAGUGGAUAAUAUCGGUGUGACCGUGGAAGGAAGAGAUAUCAAAGUGUUAAGAAUUUCAGCGGAUCACCAAGACGGCAAAACGAUUUUCAUCGAAGGUGGCAUUCAUCCACGCGAAUGGAUAAGUCCGUCGACAGCCACCUUUGUACUCAACGAAUUAGUGACUAAAUGGCAUAAUCUAUCAGGUCAUCUUAAAAAUAUUACUUGGUAUAUUAUGCCAGUCGCUAAUCCAGAUGGAUAUGUGUACAGUCAGGAGGUGGAUCGCUUUUGGCGCAAGAAUCGUGCCAUUAUAAACGGUUCGACAUGUCGCGGUGUCGACUUGAACCGCAAUUUUAAUGUCGAUUGGGGUGCUAGUGAUACCUCUAAUGAUCCAUGCGCUGAAAAUUUUGGCGGUAAUUCAGCCUUUUCCGAACCGGAAACUCUAGCUAUUAGUAAUUUUUUAUAUGAACAUAGAAACAACCUCGAGGCUUACUUAACAUUUCAUAGCUAUGACCAAGUAAUUAGCUAUCCUUGGGCUUACAAGCCUGAAAAAGAUUAUUCUACUAAAGAGUGGCAACGUAUUUGCAAAAUUGCUGCCAACCGAAUAGAAGAAACCACUGGAAAAACUUAUAAAUGUAGUUCAACUUAUGAAAGCUAUGGAAGUGUAAGUGGCGUUUCAACAGAUUGGGCGAGGGCUGAAUGUGAUGUGAAAUAUCCAUAUGUAAUUGAGUUACGCGAUAUGGGUGAAUAUGGAUUCUUCUUACCACCGUCACAGAUAAUUGACACUGGUAAGGAAGGCUUAAUUGUUGUGGAAGCUGUAGCAGACGUCAUCAGUAGUAUAUAUGAAUUAGAAUUAGUUUUAUACUGAUUUUAGGAGUGUUCUAGUUGAAAUUGAAUUAUUUUACUUAAUAAAAACCGAUCAG